AUGACCAGCGACGACCAGUUUUUCUUUGACUAUCUCGCGUCGAUACCCCAUGACGUAAGAAGAUAUUCCCUCCAGGUUGCAGACUCGAUCGACCGACAAGUCGACAUUGCCGCCAAAACAAUUAAAGAUACGUUGUCGAGUCAAUCAUGGCUCCCUUCCUCCGUCCAACCGAUACCACCGCCUCGUCCUCGUGCUCCCCAGUCUUUGAGCGACCGUGCCUAUGAUUGGGCCCUUCGACACCGAGCAUGGAGUGCAGCUCUUCUCGCCUUUAUAGGAACCAGUUCUGUCCUAUACCUGGGCAGCAAGAAGUUCAGUGGUAAACGGAGGAAGGCUAGGAGGGCUGGAAAUGGUGCCCGGAAGGAAAUAAUAGUUGUCGUUGGAUCGCCACUUGAGCCGAUGACCAAGGCGAUUUCAGUAGAUCUGGAGCGCCGAGGAUACAUUGUGUACGUUACGGUCUCGUCGGCAGAAGAGGAGCAUAUCAUCCGGUCGCAAAAUACCGAGGACAUUAGACCCCUCUCGCUUGAUCUCACAAUGUCGCCUUCAUCGCCUUCAGAGCUCCACCCGUCGUUGUAUGACAUUCGUUCUUUGAUAACCCAGCCGCAGUCGCCGAUGGCAGGCGUGCCGCCGCACACCUGUCAACUCAGCGGCGUCGUCCUCGUUCCCUCUCCGAACUACGUGACUGGCCCCGUCGCCACGAUCCCUCCAUCCGCAUGGGCCGAUAGCAUCAACGCGCGGCUGUUGUCGCCUAUCUUGACUACACAGCUCCUUUUGCCCCUUCUUACCCUCCGCAACACAAAUAGUACCAUCGUUCUGGUCUACCCCUCGAUAUCAUCUUCGUUAUCGGCUCCAUUCACAGGCCCCGAGGUCACCGUUACCCGGGCUAUGGCAGGCUUUGCAACAUCACUUCGACGAGAGCUGUGCCUCCUGCAGCAUAGCAACAUCGAUGUGGUGGAAUUGAAACUUGGAAAUGUCGACCUCGGACCGCAGUACCGCAGCCCUCAGAGCCACAUCACCGGAACAGAGGUCCUUUCGUGGAGCACGCAACAGCGAUCACUCUAUGGUUCCCAGUAUCUUUCCAGCAUUGAGCAGCGGCCGGUUGCGUCGGCCGGACCCGGCAUGAUACGCGGCUCUCCGGCCAGGUGCCUCCACUAUGCGGUGAUGGACGCGUUGGAGCCACCUUCCAAGGAUAUUUUCGGACGGAGAAAGUCCAAGACGCCCGUCUUUUAUGUCGGACGAGGUGCGCGCACCUACAGCAUCAUCGGCGAGUGGGUUCCGGCCGGCUUAGUUGGGUGGAUGCUCGGCAUCCGCAGUGGACAAACCACACCAGCAGAGAGUGCCAGCGGAAGCAGCAGCGAGACGAGCUGGGAACGAGUAUGA